AGGAGAGGAGGGAGCCGUGGGCUCCGCUUCUCGGAGGGAGAGGGGGGCCCCCCUCCUGGCUGCUCCCGCGACCCAUGAAGAGCCGGGAAACCGGCGCCUCCCUUGCCUGGAGAGACCCCCCCGGAGCGCCGGGCUGCAGGGACUGAACGGGACCCGCCUCCCCGCAGCAGAGGAGGAAAAGCUUCAUUGUGCUGGGGGCAGGAGCGGGGGCUGUGUCCGCGUCCUGCCUGCCCCUGUGUCCGCACCGGUCCCGAGGGGCAAGGAGAGAGCCCGCGAGCCCGGCAUCCACCUUCUGCACAGCCCCCUGCUUCUCCGCAGCCGCGCCGAGAAGAGAGUAAUAUGUGGGAAGCUGUGGACUACGCGCUUCCGACAUAGGAACAGCACUGGGUUGGGAAUCUCUACUUCUGAGAGAAUGCUGGGAAUCUGCAGAGGGAGACGGAAAUUCCUGGCUGCCUCUCUGACUCUCCUUUUUGUUCCAGCCUUUACCUGGAUUUACCUGUUUUCUGGGAGUUUUGAAGAUGGGAAGGCAGUGUCGCUGUCGCCAAUCGAAUCUCAGCCCCAUAGCCCUCAUUACACAGCUUCGAACCAGCGGGAGCGGGAGAGCUUGGAAAUACGCAUGCGGGAGGUGGAGGAGGAGAACCGGGCGCUCCGCAAGCAGCUCAGCCUGGCGCAGAGCCGGAGCCCAACGCACCAUCGUGGCAAUCAUUCAAAAACCUACUCCAUGGAGGAGGGGACUGGGGACAGUGAGAGCCUGCGGGCUGGCAUCGUGGCAGGGAACAGCUCAGAGUGUGGGCAGCAGCCAGCAGUGGAGAAGUGUGAGACGAUCCAUGUCGCCAUUGUUUGUGCUGGAUACAACGCCAGUCGGGAUGUUGUCACGCUUGUCAAAUCGGUCUUAUUUCACAGGCGAAACCCUCUUCACUUCCACCUCAUUGCAGAUGCUAUUGCCAAACAGAUCCUGGCGACUCUCUUCCAGACCUGGAUGGUCCCUGCUGUGCGCAUAGACUUCUAUGAUGCAGAUGAGCUCAAGUCGGAAGUAUCCUGGAUCCCCAACAAACACUACUCUGGGAUUUAUGGGUUGAUGAAGCUGGUUCUGACAAAGACUCUCCCUUCCAAUCUCGAGCGAGUCAUUGUCCUCGACACAGACAUAACCUUUGCCACUGACAUUGCUGAGCUAUGGGCCGUCUUUCACAAGUUCAAAGGCCAGCAGGUUCUCGGCUUGGUGGAGAACCAAAGUGACUGGUAUCUGGGCAACCUUUGGAAGAAUCACCGUCCCUGGCCAGCUCUUGGGAGGGGUUACAACACAGGGGUUAUCCUGCUACUUCUGGAUAAGUUGCGAAAGAUGAAAUGGGAGCAGAUGUGGAGACUCACAGCUGAAAGAGAGUUAAUGAGCAUGCUGUCAACCUCAUUGGCUGACCAGGAUAUCUUCAAUGCUGUCAUCAAACAGAACCCGUUCCUUGUCUACCAGCUUCCAUGUUUCUGGAAUGUGCAGCUGUCUGACCACACACGUUCUGAACAGUGCUACAGGGAUGUGUCUGACCUAAAGGUGAUUCACUGGAACUCACCAAAGAAGCUGCGAGUGAAAAACAAGCAUGUGGAGUUUUUCCGCAACCUCUACCUGACAUUUCUAGAGUACGAUGGGAACCUGCUGAGGCGGGAGCUCUUUGGCUGCCCCAGCGAGGCAGACGUCAACAGUGAAAAUCUUCAGAAGCAGCUGUCCGAGCUGGAUGAGGAUGACCUGUGCUACGAAUUUCGUCGGGAGCGCUUCACCGUCCAUCGCACUCAUUUAUAUUUUCUACAUUAUGAGUACGAGCCUGCCUCAGACAACACUGAUGUAACUCUGGUGGCUCAGCUGUCAAUGGACAGGCUCCAGAUGCUUGAAGCUAUCUGCAAACAUUGGGAGGGUCCAAUCAGCCUGGCACUCUAUCUUUCUGAUGCAGAGGCCCAACAAUUCCUGCGCUACGCCCAGGGCUCGGAAGUCCUCAUGAGCCGACGCAAUGUUGGGUACCAUAUAGUGUACAAGGAGGGGCAGUUCUAUCCUGUGAAUCUCCUGCGGAAUGUGGCCAUGAAGCACAUCAGCACACCAUACAUGUUCUUGUCUGACAUUGACUUCUUGCCCAUGUAUGGACUCUACGAGUACCUCAGGAAGUCUGUCAUCCAGCUAGACUUGGCCAAUACCAAGAAAGCUCUGAUCGUACCUGCUUUUGAGACCCUUCGGUACCGCCUCUCCUUCCCCAAGUCAAAAGCAGAGCUGUUAUCUAUGUUGGACAUGGGAACCCUCUUCACAUUCAGGUAUCACGUCUGGACGAAAGGGCAUGCACCAACGAACUUUGCCAAGUGGCGGACUGCUACCACACCUUAUCAAGUUGAGUGGGAAGCAGACUUUGAGCCAUAUGUUGUUGUGAGACGGGACUGCCCAGAGUACGACAGAAGGUUUGUAGGAUUCGGCUGGAACAAAGUAGCUCACAUAAUGGAACUGGAUGCACAGGAGUAUGAAUUCAUAGUGCUGCCCAAUGCCUAUAUGAUCCAUAUGCCGCAUGCUCCCAGCUUCGACAUCACCAAGUUCCGCUCCAACAAGCAAUACCGCAUCUGUCUGAAGACCCUGAAGGAGGAGUUCCAGCAGGAUAUGUCACGCCGCUAUGGCUUUGCAGCCCUCAAAUAUCUCACGGCAGAGAACAACAGCUAGCACUACGGAGCCUGUUUACGGGAAACAGACACUCAAGGGAGUAGCCACUUAAUGUUUGGGGCCCAGUCUUUUAACUUGGAACUGAGACACUUUUUUGUUUUUAUAUCAUACCCAACAGUUCUAACAGUAGAGAUUUGAAGCGACAUGACUUCAGACUGUGCUCAGCCACUUCCCUUCCACCCCCGCCUGCCAGGCUUUCAGCUUUAGCAUUCGCAAGGUGUGAAUAAGAGGGGCCAGCCAUGCGCCCAUCAUAUCACAAACGGUGUGGAGCGGGGGUGGGACGGGAAUAUGUUUUCUGUUCUCAAAACAGUUGAGCAAAGACAGAUCUCCAGAAAAUAGGAUUUAAUGUUGCUAUUUAAUAAUUCCACAUGCCUUUUAUCUGUAAAGGAAGAUCUUCGGGUCACUGUCCUGUGAAUUUUAAACCCACACUGCUCUAAAAGGGGAACUUUCACCUGUGAACUUUCACAUUGCCCCUCUUGAUAGGGAUGGCUAUUCUAAUGAAGGGCAAGGCAAAGAUUUGAAAUAGCCUUGAAAAUGAAGGGGAAGCAUAUACCAUAUCCCACUAUAGAGAAGGUGUGCUAAAGGCCGAGGCAUAUCCAUGGGAUCAAUUGGUCAUUGAUUCUCAAGUUAAUUCUGUUUGAUCUAGAAACCUCCCCUGCCCCUGCCAUACAAUCCAUUCCUUCCCUUUUAAAAGGAAAUUUUGGCCUUCAUUCUGCUUGUCAAUCCCCAGUUCUAGCAGUCCAAUAAAAAAGAUUGGUGCCUCUACCAGAAUGUGAAGGAACCUGUCAGUGUAAGGCCUGUUUUCACCUGAGCAAUUCAUUCACAUGUAUCUAGUGAAAUAAAUGGCCAUGUUGUAGCUUGGUUACCAUUUUAAAGGCAAGCAUUGGAUUUUUCCCUGGGAUGUAUUUUCUGCUGGGGGAUAUUGACCCGUAGGCUCUUUCAGUGCACGCCCACUUGUGAAGGCAUUGGGCCUUGGGCUUUAAGUGGACUUCAUCGCUGAACAGGGAAAUAUAAGCAUGGCAACUAGAGCCCAGGAGCCUCAGUGCUAUCAAGCUGCCUGCUACAAGCUCUCAGAACGACUUCGUUAAAGGAGUUUAUAAUAAAAGGAGCAAAACUCUGAGGCAUAAACUCCCCAUUUGAGGGGGAGAAGAGAAUGUGUUGGGAAUCUGAGUGUGAGUGUUUGCUUGAAUGUGGGGUGGUCCAGUUCACAACCUCAGUAUGCGUAGCGAUAUUUUGAAGGGUGGACAAGAAACCUAACAAGCAAAACACAUACAACAACCAAGACACUGGACUUUUUACCAUUUCCUUUAUUCUUCAGUAUUAAUGUUGUGUUUACAUGGGAUGAGGAGAUGAGGUUUAAUGCACUGCCCUUAGCUGGGCUAUUUGUAUUUGCUUCAAAUGUUACUAGAGAAAGCAGAAUCGACUAAAGUGAGAAGUGUGUUCCUCUUCCUAUUCCAGACCAUGUAGAACAGUACUUACAGACACCGCUGCCUAGACUCUAUAAUGGAUCCACACUUCAUUGUGCUCAUUAUUUUAUUCUACUUUCCAGUCCAUUGGAUCUUCCUCCCCACCUCACCAUGCUAGAUCUUGGUUUUCUUUCUAACCUACUACUUUUUGAGGGGUUUAUUUACAGCAACUUCAACACAACUAAGCCAGGUGUUUACAGGACAAAUGUUGGUUAGUCAUACAAGCAAUUAAGAAAAGAACAACAAAAGAAAAAAAGCAACUUCUUGGAGACAAGAAAUAAGACCAGGAAGGAGUCUGGAUGUAGUUGUUACAUUUUCCCCUGUGGGUGUGGGCUGUGUAAGAAUCUAUCGCUUCCUACUUUUCCAAAUAGCUUUUCUCCUUUACUUAAUGGCUCACCUAAAAACCUGUGAGGAGCUAAGCCCUCCCUCCCUCAUUGUUAAUCUGCCAUCCUUUCUCACACUGAGUAGUGCAAUACUCCACAAAUAGUCCCAGUGAUUCUUCACCAGGAGUAAGGGUGGCAAAAUCUGUUCCUAAGGGUAUGUCUACACUUAAAAUGCAGCACUACCUAUGCCGACGGGAGGUCUUCUUCCAUCAGCCUAGGUAAUCCACCUCCCUGAGAGGCGGUAGCUAGGUCAAUGGAAGAAUUCUUCUGUUGACCUAGGGCUGUGUAUACGGGGACUUAGGUCAGCUUAACAGUGCCGCUCAGGGGAGUGACUAUUUCACACAUCUGACCAACGUAGUUAAACUAACCUAAUUUUCUAGUGUAGACGAGGCCUAAGUAGUCCAGUGGUGUGAAGUGCUGAUUUACCUUCUUGAAAUUCCUAGUCAGUCCCUCUGUAUAACUAAAGCUGUUUUAUAGCACUAGUUAAGUGCUGGAUGUUAAUUUCUUCUAUGUUUCACAAUGAUGCCUGGGUACAGGGGGGAACACCAUUCUCCUGCAGUGCUAGUUAUAGGUUAGAUUGCACCACAAGGACACAACCCAUAGUAAGGGGAGGUGCAUUGUUGCGCCAUGCCAUUAGCGUCAUUAGCUACAAUUCUGUCCCUGCUCCCUCUUUUUCGGGGGCGGGGAGUAGUAAUUUCUGGCUGGCCCAUACUGGCGGCAAAUUUUGACGCCCCUGGCUUAGGCUUAAAUAUGUUGGCUGGUGUAAAGAUGAGCAACUCAAACUCCUCUAAUAGAUUAGAGAGUCACAGGUUUUCUUUAUAGAAGCUGUGCUGGUUUAUUUGUAUCAUCAUAAUCAUCAAGGUGUGUUCUAAUUCUGUUUUGUAUUAUAAUCUCAAUCAAGUUCCCUGGUACUGAAGUAAGGCUGUCUGCUGUUUAAUUCCCAGGAUUAUCCCCUGGCAUCAUUAAAAAAAAUGUACAUGUGCUGCCCUCCAGUCCUCUGCUACAGUAGCUGAUUCUAAUGAGAAAUUGCAUAUUUAUAUUAGCAGCUUGGUUACUUAAUUUGUUAAAAGUCCUUCUGAACUCUCUGAUGAAUACCUUCUAGACCUGGUGACUUAAUGCUCUUUAAUUUAUAGAUUUUUUUUCCAGCGCCUUCUCUGUUGACACCUUAGUCUAUGACAUUUCCUUACCUUUAUUUCCUGGAAAGAGUGAGUCUCUGGGAUAGGUAUCUCUGCAAUAUCCUUUGUGGGGAAGACUGAUGCAAAUAAGGCAUUACAUUCUUGACAGUGUCCUUAUAGUCAUUAAUUGCUCCACAACAGUCCAGAGGACCCAACAGUUAUCCCAGGCUUUCUGCUUCUUGCAGAUGGAGCAAAUUUAUUUUGGCUAUUUACUCUUCAAAUUCCCUUUGAACCCUCUUGAUUUUCAUCUUACAUUUUACAAUCCUUUCAACCA